AUGGAUAACGCCAAGAGAUUAAGAUUUUUAAUAAACAUUGAAAAUAGACUAAAUAGAUUCCAGCAACCAAAUCAAGGGGACCAAAGAACAAUGAUUAUGAGGCUAAUUGACAUCGAAAGAAGAAUACAAAGAUUUAGACAACAAAAUCAAACCCAACCACCAACAUCAACCUCACAAAAUGCACUUCAUAUAGAUGAAAAUAUGAAGUGUAACAGAUGUGAUAUCACUAUUACCGAGGGGCUACAUUCUAAUUUUGAAUGUAAGUGCCAAAAAUUAGCAAAAAUACUAAUAGCCUAUAGAGCUGGUAUUUUAUCAAGUUCCCUUAGAAGAAGAAUAAGAAUUUUAAUGGUAAUUUACAAUCAUUACCAAACUUGA